AUGGAUCAGCUUCGCAAAGGAGCACGUGAGGCUCUAGAGAAAAACCCCGGCAAACUGCCUAAGGAUUCAUUUCCCUUCGCUUCGACUGCGCGGGAGUUUGAGUUGGAUCAACUAUGGCAAGAUAUUGUUGCACAGGACCAUUCCACCCAUCGGAAGAUUUGCGAGAGCCUUGUCCUGACGACAGGCUUCAUCAGUCAUUGGGACUUUGUAUUGCCCAACAAUGCAGGCCCUCGAUCACUUGAUCACACCGAGACUAAAGCUGUGAACAAUCUGUUCAACUGGGCCAGUAACGCUGCUUUGCCCUCGUCGGACUUCGCAAUCAAUUUCGAGGAAACAGCUGGUUUGUCCGACGACAUUGUCCAAUCCCAGACCGAGAGCCAGUUUAGAUCAGCACUAGCACUUGAGCUCCUGCUGGCUUUGAACAAAACUUUGGCCAACACUCCUAAACCCAGUUUAGAUGUUGUAGCAGAUGUCCUCCUCGCAGGGGCAUGUUUCAAGAACAAGGCGAACCCAUGGACUACAUCAGAUAGCCAUGAGACAGCUUCGAAGCUCAUUGACACAUGGACUCAGACCACUCGUCAAAACAACACUUUCUGGCCUGCUAUCGAUAUCAUUCUCAAGGAGAGGAUUCGACCUCUUUUUGCAAACACAAGAAACCCCGCCAUUACCAGUGCGGGCCGCAAGAAUUUCCAUCCUCAGACUUUGCCUCGGUUUGGUUCGAACGGUUUGGACGAGUCAUCAAAGCCUUGGAAGACCACAGAUGUCUAUGUUGCCUCUGUGUUGUCGUGGAUUCUCUCGCAAUAUAAUCCCGAGGACAAGCUUCAAUUCGAAACACACUUCCCGCUCUUUGUUCCAACUAUACUAGCAAUGAUUGAUGACAAUAACCUUCCCUUCAAGACCGAAGGCUGUCGUCUGCUCAGCCAGCUGCUGCUGCCCAUUCGAGAAAGUGGAUCAGAUAUUCUACGCCGAACAAACUUAACGUCCGUCUUCGAAGAAGCCGUCACGCCAUGUCUUCUUUCUAUUCCCACAAUCACUCCGGAAGACAUGUCCCUAACUCUACUGGGAGUCGCGUAUCCAGCACUCCUCGAUACUCUAAAGACAGCCUACAGUGGCAACUUUCAAUCCGGGCGAGAUAAAGAAGCCUAUACAACUGGACUCGCGAACAUUCUCCGAUCAAACCUCAUAUCCUCUUUCCACCAUAUAAGCUCCAGCACCCCAGCUUCUGGCUCAACAACGGCCUCUUUUCCAUACCCUCGCCUUUCAAGCUUCCUCCUUGAGAAAACCACCACUUUCAUCGACGAGCUAGGCAUCCACACUACGAAAUACCUUCAAGAGAUGAUACCUGUUCUUUACACCACACUUUCAAAUCCCUUCGGAACUGCACAUCCUCCAUUGCUGCGCGCAGCAACGGCAGCCACGCAGGCAGUUAUCAAAAAUGCCCAUCCGCGUAUCUGGCGUUGGCGUGGUGAGAUAUUAAGUGGAAGCAGUUCUUGCUGGCUUCACAUUGCCGCGGAUGAAAAUAAGGAGUCUGCGCCACAGCUGGACAAGUUGAAGAGCGAGUUACAGCAGACAACAAGGCUGCUUAAACAUGUUCUGCAGAACCCUGUUCCUAUCGCUGGUGACACACCAGAACCUGGGCAACAGCAAGCGAUGGAGAGCAUGCAAGAGGAGCUGCAAAGCCUUGUCGAUGCUGACGCUGAGCUCAAACUUCUUUACAAUUAA